AUGGGUCGUCAGCCUCGUCAGCGUCCUGUGUCUUGCAACUUCUGCCGUGUGCGCAAGUUGCGCUGCAGUAGAGAAUUCCCGUGUUCCAAUUGCACAAGCCGCGGAGUUCAAUGCCAGGCUCAAGACCCACCCCGGGCACCGGGUCCGUCUUCACGGCCGGUAUCUAAACGUGCAGGCGGAGGUGUAAGCGGAAGCGGAAGCGGAGGCGGAGGCAGUGGUGGUGGAGGACCAUCUUCUGCGGGCAAGGAGGCGGACAUCCUCUCACGAUUGGAGAGGCUGGAAGCUCUUCUCGCAGAACGAAACAAAGGGACUGACUCUAACUCUAACUCCAACUCCAACUCUCGAACAAUAUCAUCAGCCCCUUCGAGUGUAGAAGGCAGUGAUGUUGCUUCCCAGACACAGCUGGAGCCUCUGCAACCGUUGCCAAUCAAUGUCCAGAACUUGACGGCUGAUGCUCUUUGGCUCGAGAGUUCAUGCCUUGGCCCAAAGCCAUCACCGUCAUGUUACAUCUUUCAAAACUCAAGUGUCCCCUCAGGCUUCCUCGCUUUAGAACCAACAAGGUGCAUCUGGUUGCCUCAACGACAUGAAACCAAGGUUUUGGUUCACAAGUACACCUCGGUCAUCACUUUUAUGCAUCAUGUUGUGCACAUUCCAAGCCUGUAUAAACUCGUCGAUGAGGUCUACGAUGCCGUUGAAAAGGGGACACAAGUUUCGCUGUGCUCAGUUCUCCUGAUGCUUGCCGUCUGCACCAACGUCACAUACGCAUGGACAGCAGUAGACAACAACAUGACGCCUCUCUUCUCUGAUUAUACAGAGGCAAACAACCAAUCAUUCGGAUGGCUCAAAUCAACCUUUGAUGUAUUCGAUGCAUCGCAGCGGAGGUCGGAGAUAGGUCUCGAGUUGGCCCAGGGUCUCAUCAUCGUGAGCUUCGUCCUGUUGAACUUGGAAGGGGUUUCCUCCCGAGCUCGAAACUGUUUCUUCAAUUCCAUCACCAUUUGCCGUGAGCUCGGACUGCACCGUCUGGAUCACCCUCACAACCCGCCCUCGGUGCAAAUACCCCAGCUCAGUCCUCUCAAAAUGGAGACUGCUCGGCGAGUUUGGUGGUACCUCAUUGGUACAGAUGCCAUGAUAUCUCGAUUUCCAGGCCCGCAUGAAGGCACCUACCUGAUCAAUCCAAGGCAAAUGAAUGUCAGAAAACCUCUGAAUGCCGACGAUGAAGAUCUUGUAGAAGGACAAGAGUUGGUGGGAAAGCCAAUGAAUUGUUCCACCAACAUGUCUUAUUUCUUACAGAGGGUACGACUCGCUGAGGUCGUCCGCAACUUCACUGACCGAGUACCUCUCACAAAUUCUUCAAAUCCAGAUGUCCACUCAUACGACCUGGUUUUGGAAGUUGAUGCGGCCAUCGAGCAAUUCAUUCAAGACCUGCCCCCAUUCCUCAAGUUUAGUACAGGUGACCUACAGCAGCUCCCUGCUGCAGAAGCGCAUAAAAAACCAGGGCUGAUCAUUCAGCGACAUAUCAUGAAUGUCUUUGUCCAUGGCCAAAGAUGCAAACUUCAUCUCCCAUAUCUAGCCCGUGGAGCAGUCGAGCCUACGUAUGCUCGCUCCCGGCGCGUGUGUCUUGAUUCAGCACGCAUGGUCAUACAAACAGAACACCAGCUCGAGAACGAAGCUACAACUUUUAACUCGACACGGCUCAGGUUGUGUUUAGUCUUGCAUAGUGUAUUCAUCGCCAGCAUUGUUCUUAUUUUGGACUUCUGCCUAGGCGCCGAUGCCGACGAGAAAGAACAAAGACGAGAAGACUUAUUGGAAGCAUGGGACAUCUUGGAGGCGGCCAAAGAACUCUCCAGACCCACGGCUCGCAUACAAGAUCUAUUGACACAGGUGAUGAAGAAGCAUAAAGUGACGCUGCCAGUGGGCAAGGAGAGGCAGAGAUCGGCGGGAUGUGAAAAUCUUCCACUUACACCAAGCUCGUCAACUGCCAUGUUGUCGAAUGGCACGACACCAAAUGAUGCCAUAGCAUCUGUCCAAGACUUGAGCGACAUGGGAUUGAAUAUGGACUUGGAGGGAAUGGAUUGGGAGAAUUUGCUUUGGGGUUUAGAGGCUCCUUUAUUCUGA